AUGGCGGAUUCACAGCCAAGGGUGUCGACCACCUUCUCCAAGCGCCGAUUCGGCUUGUUUAAGAAGGGCUAUGAGUUGAGCGAUCUGACGAGGAGUCACGUGAAAAUCGUCGUCAUCACGGACAAGGGCUGCCUGUACGAGUACGCAAGCCCCUUUUUUGAGGCCAAAUUGAGGACAGUGAGAAAGGUCGUCCCGCUGAUGACCAAUGAGAGGCUUUUGAAGCGCAUUGAACAGAUCAGGAACAACGCAAUUACCAAAAAUGAUUUGCGAAAUAUUGGCACGCAUUUGGACGAUGAUUUCAUCGAUGACUCAUCCGUCUCCUCAGGCGACGAAGAUACAAAUGCUACUGAUUAUCAUCUUGCUGGAAUCUGUGAGGCGCAUAUUAAACUGGAAAAUGCGUCUGAUGCACAGAGCAGUUCGCGUUCCUCCUUCUGUCCCCAGGAAGCGUCCUAUUGGCUAGACUCUAAGGAGUCCGCUACCGCAAACAUGGCAGAGAACCUAAACCCAGCAGGAACGAAGACAACGACAUUUUUCAAUCGUAAUGAGAUGAACAUGGAGUACGAAACUCCCCCGAGCUUUCAAGCACGAAACAGACCUGAUGCCUCGCUUCCAUUCAAAAAACGCGGUAAGUUGAGUGGACAAACAAAUGGUGUACAAUAG